AUGGAGAAGCAUCCUGAGGAGGAUGAGGAGUUUGACAAGCUCGAUCAUAUUCUAGAACAGUCUGGUUGUUUGAAGGAGCUUGAGGAGAGUAAAGAGUGCCAGUACACUCACAAUGACUGGCGAAAAUGUCGUGAAACAACUCAAAAGCUAAAAGACUGCAUGAUGAAACAACAGCUUGAGCGAAUGAAUCGAGCUCAUGCUGCUCGAUCUCAGAAAUAA